AUGGCUGCCGAAGGCUCUUCCAAUUCUCCUAUCCCCAUCGAUGAUCUCACCAAGAUCACGACCGAGGCCUGCGAGGAAGCACUGAAGACCAGCAAGGGUUACGACCACGACAAUGUCGGAACCUGGAACUCACAGAUCAUUAACACCGUCCUCAAGGCCCUGAUCUCCGCCACCGCACCCUCCGAAGAGAACAAGCCUGCCCCCUUCCGAUUCACCGUCAACAGCACAAUCGUGCAGCAGGGCCUGAUUGACGAGUCCGCCGCUGCCGACGGUGCGCUCAGCAAUGCCGGUAAGCGCGGUAUGCACUCCGCCUCUGGUGCUUUCUGGGACGUGAACCGUGACGGCAUGUGGACCUACAAGUACACCGGUGCCGAGGAGCGGGGGCUCGAUAUCGUCGUCUGCGUCACAUGGUUCGCUGUCGUUUAA